AUGAUUUCAACGACUUUGAUGCAUUGUUGUCGUUCGUGUCGUCGAAAUUCGACCUCCUUUGAUGGUGGCACCAGCAAAAACACCACCACCAGCGUAGAUGCGCUUCUGUCGAGGAGAACGAUUCGACGACGGCGAAGAGGACGACAACACGAAGGCAACAACAGAGAGACUUUUUGUACGACGAACAACGAUGACGAUUUGACGAUGAUGACAGAAGAAGAAGAAAAAGAGACGACGAGAAGACGAAGAAGAGGAAGACGCGAGGUGACCACCAAAACCGCGCUGAUGAUGAUGACGACGAGUUUCUUUUUAUCCUUAGACCAACCGUGCACUUCAGCCAAGGCUGAAGUAGAAUUAGAAUUCGCGUCGACGCAGUUGAGCGAGAAAGAGAAGCAGAUAACCGAAUCGUUCGCGCGAGCGUCGAAAGCGUGCGUGAACAUCGUGGACGUGACGUUGUUGUCGCAAUCUGGAAUACAGAAAUCGCAAGCCGGGGCGAUAGUUCCCGAAGGGAACGGGUCCGGGAUUGUCUGGGAUAGCGAGAACGGGUACGUCGUGACGAAUUAUCACGUCGUGUCGAGCGCGAUAUCGACGAUACCAAAAGGGAGGGAAAUUGGCGAGGUGGCGAAAGUGACCGUGGAGUUACCGAAUGGACAAUCGAAAGUGUAUCCAGGCGAAUUGGUUGGAUACGCGAAAUCGAAAGAUAUCGCGGUUUUGAAAAUCAAUUGCGAACGAGGCGUAUUAACGCCCAUACAGUUUGGCGCGAGCGCGGAGCAAAUUAAAGUUGGGCAAAUCGCGUUAGCCAUCGGGAACCCGUUCGGUUUCGAUCACACGUUAACGACCGGGAUUAUUUCCGGUAAAAAUCGUUCGGUAGAAACCUUCCCUGGUUCGUUCGUUUCCGGCGCGCUACAAACGGACGCGGCGAUUAAUCCCGGGAACAGCGGCGGACCGCUCGUCUCCGCGGACGGCAAAUUGAUUGGAGUCAACGCGGCCAUUUUCACCAACACCGGGCAAAACGUUGGCGUUGGUUUCGCCAUCCCGGUCGACGUCGCGAAACGCGUCGCGGACCAGCUCAUCCAAAAUUCCAAAAAAGGUAACGGCAACAGCAACGACGGUUCCGCCGUUCUCGAUUUUCCCUCCUUAAACAUCGUUUUCGCCGACGAAGCGGUGAAAAAAGCAUUGAACAAAAACGACGCGUCCGGCGUCCUCAUUCAAGGUUUCCUCGCCUCCUCGAGCAAUAAAGAACAAACCAACGCGGAAAAAGCAGGUUUACUCUCAACCCGUCGAGGUCUCUCGGGGAUCACCCCGGGCGAUUUCAUCGUCAAAUUCAACGACAAACCGGUUUCCACCGAAGCCGAACUCGUCGCUUUAGUCGAGAAAGAAAACGUCGGCGAUAUGGCACGGGUGACAGUUUUACGAAACAACGACGAAGAGAAAGUCAUAAAUGUGCUUCUCGAGAAAGCCAGAGUUUAA